AAAUCAAAAGUUACACGUCUGAUUUACGAGUGUUGAGCGUUUUUAUGGUUUAACUCAGCCGGCUCUCAAAGCGUCUCAAUAAAAAUGAUAGUAACCGUUUCGUAAUGCGUCAAUGGAAAUUAGCCGAUGAAUGAGAGUCCUAUCGAGCUUUUGUUUUGAGAUCGACGAAUAACGAAUUGACGGCGAAACAAUGAUUUCGUGAGAAUCGAAGUCGAUCGGAAAUACUUUUCGACAGUUCGUUCUUGACAGCCCUCAUUUUCACAACGAAAUAUUUAUUGUGCAAGAAAAUACGAUUAUUUGCAGCACUCCAAAGCAUUUAUUCUAGCUCGGACGUACAACGAAAAGCACUCAUUUUCUUUCGAAUUGAGAACUAUCGGCUUCGAAAAUUGCUCAUUUACACUCAGUAAAUUAUUACUGAAUCCAACUUGAAAGUGCUAAAAAUAACUGGGGAGCGGUCAUCAACGAAAAAUAUUCAAUUCCAUUCCGACUACGUGUUUAAAAUGUUGCUCUGACAAUUCGCAGGCGUAGAUCAAAAUUGUCGCGCUCUUUUCUCGUUUCUCGAUAAAUCCGAGUGAGCAAGAUCAAAGGUAAAUGUUCGAUGUUACGCGAGAUCGUCAUCGAGCAUUCGGAGUUUGUCUUAUCUCCUUCGUGAAAAGAACAAUGAAAACACGAUUGCAUUGAAAAUGCCGAGAGGAUAAUUGAAAAAUUUCAUCGACCGCGUAUUAUUGGGCGUAUCGAUAAAAGCGUAUAAAACGUCUGGGCGGAGUGAAAUUUCCGCUGAGACUCGUUUUUUCUUUACUCAGAUGUGAAAAAAUUAUAAAAAUAAGUUUGAUCAUCGUUGCCGGGGGGGGCCGGCCCGCGUGACGCGUAAAUCGAGAAAGAGACAUCGCCACCUACGAUACAAAGCGUGUAGUCUGUUUGCACGACUUGCGAAAUAAAAGAGACUCGAAGAGUUCGAGGAAGAAACUCGGCGCUCAGCUUAGAGUGAAGUGUGUGAACCGAGGGCUUUUCGAUAUUCCAACGAAACCGCAAGAAAUCGCGGAUACUUUAUUCGUCGGGGUAUACACCUAUCAGUCGAGUCACGACCGUCCUGCCGGACAGACGUCGUCGCCACGCGUCGUCGAACGGCGUCGUCGUCGUCGUCGCCGUAGUCGUUCGUUUUCCCUCCGAGUUGUGCACUCGAGUGUCGUCUUUAUUUGCCUUUUUCCAUAAUUUUAUAUAAAUUUCCACGUUUUUUCGACGUGUGAGCAAACUAUUUGUACUCAUUGACCAAGAAAUUAUAGAUGCAUGCUCCGCACAGAUCAAACAGCUCCGUCGUUUUAUUGCAAAACAUCUUUGAUCCGAGUACUGGAAAAGGGAUAAUAAACACGUCGGAACAAACAAAUAAAAGUCACAGAAGACGAGAGCGCUCGGUCUCCAGCGAACAAAGUGUUAGGACUUUCGAAUACAAACAUUUACAAAGAAUUGUAGUACGAGAUACCGAGAUUACAAUUUUUUUUCUCACCUAUCGACACAACGAGAUAUUUCUCGAACGGAAUUAUCGCGCGCAUGUCAGCGAAAUUCUUCGUUCCGUGUGAGAAACGUGACGUUUCUCGACUUGGCUUGAUUUUCCUAUUUUUUAGUUCAUUUCCUCGAAAAUCCGGGGCGAGCGAUCGAACAACAAGCGCUCCUCAAACUCUGAAUAUUGGCGUCGAGUGCUUAUUUUGACAUCGUUCCUGUGUUCGUACGUCCAAACGUAAUUAAAUGUGUUUACAGAAUCUCGUGGUAUUUUUCGCGUAGUGUCAGAGGAGAUACGUAAAUAAGAAUAAAGUGAAGUGUCACCGGAGGUCAAUGGAGAUAGCUGUCACAGGGCUCGAAGACCAUUUCAAUGAAAUAAUAAUAAUAUCGAAGAAAAUAGCAGCCUUCUAUCAUAUUCCAAGAAUAUCACAGUUUUUCUCUGAAUGGAAGCUGUCCGAUUAAAUCUCGUCUAUUCUGAGACUUGACAGGAAACUUUUUUGCCAGUGCUUCUAGUUUUUAUUCCUACGUAUACGAAUUGUCCGGGAUCGUAAGACUUUCCGAUUCACCAUUUUUCGCAUCGUUGAAAACACACGUUCCAAGAUGCCGGAAGGACGGCAGGGGGGCUUCGGGGAACGCCGCGAAUGCGGGCUCGGCUACCAGAAUACUUUGCACUCUCACUGCCGAGAGACCCUCGGCUGUGGGCUCGUCACGUCUUCAUAAGGUGUUUACCGCCGUGGAGAAAAGUUUUUCUCUCAUAUUUCCACCACGUGACGAUGAAAAUGUGUGCUCAAUACUUGUGACAAAUCCGCUGAGAAAACUCGUGCGUGCGGAAAACGAAUUUCGCCAACUCGAGAUAAUGCAUGAAAAAACAAUUGCAAGGUUAGCGAAAAAACACAGAACACCCUGUUACAGCCAAUUAAAAGAUCGUUUUCGACAAUAAUUUCCAUUCCCAGUCAAAUUCUCCGGCUUCAAUUAGUCCGUGAAAACUGAACAAUAUUUUAUUUUCGAAUCUGUGCAAAAAAUCAUUUCCGGAAACAAUAAAAAUCGAAAAAUUCAUCAAAGAGGAAACGAGAGUGAGCAGAGGUGGGAGUCGAACGUUAAAGACUCAGUUACAUUUUCGUCUGAUUCACUGCGAUUUUUACCCGUCAACAAAGCAUGAAAUCGCGUGUUGAAAGGAUUCUGAAAAAUCCGUAAAAUCUACGAGUUUCUGUAUAUAAAGCCUUAAAAAUGUGAGAUUUCUUAUGAGAAAAAGUGUCACAAGACUUGGUUCUAUGAUUGUGAAAAAAUCGGAGUCAAUUGGAUUACAGCAAAUUGUAAAUUGAUACGAUUAAUCAGAUCGCGAAUAACGACCAAAAAACUACUUUGAUCGUUGAGUAUACGAGCGCUGCCCCAUGGGAGAGAACAGUUCUUCGAACUGUAAUAGUUCGCGAGUAAUCAGAGAUAAAUGAAUCUCUAUAGUAACUCGUAGUGAUUAACUCGUAAGCGAUGUGCACCAAUCAUCGUGUUUUAAGGUCGUAUCGUUAACGACAAGCCGAGUGCUCCGAGAGUCGUUAAUUGAUCGUUUGAAGCUUCUAUUUAGUCCGGAGCUCAACAGGUGUGAAACUAUUGCGUAAAUAUAUUAUACACCCGUGUGAGCAGUGUAAGAAACAUAAGAAAAAUAUACAGGCGAAUGUUUAACGGCUGAAGGUGAUACGCGGCUCGACCUAUGAUGCCACUCGUUCGUUAUCACAUUUAAACCGACUCGAUAGCCGGGCUCGUCGGGGGCGUUCGUGCAUCUGAAUUAUAACUUUCGUUGCGAGAAUCGUAAUCGACGACUAAAACUAUUAAGCGAUUCAACGAUUCAUCGCUUUUCCUCAAAACUCUGCCAUUUUCCAAUCGUUUCCGUUCGCAGUUGACGAGUCUCUUUUUCCUCGUUCAACGAUAAGAUUAUUCAGCUAAAUUCAGCCGCUAUUUCAUAUUCUUUCGAAACAGUAUGCACGCGGAAUGCACAUUCUCCGUUAAAUUAAUCAAAUUAAGAGCAAUUUCGUAGCGACCCGAUCAAAAAAAAUGAGAAAUUUGCCACAAAAGCAUAUGUUGACGAAUUCGAUUGAUAGAAGAUCGAAAGCAAAUGACUGAACGAACGAAUCGAAAUCGCCGGCCCCCUCCCUGCCCUCAGCAUUGAAGAUAUUUAGGUCGUAAAUGGUUCCUCCGAAGCACACGGAUCAUAGAGACGAUAAAGGCACGUCGAAUCAAACGCGAUACAAAUAUGACGAGCGUAUGUUGAUGCGGAUGGAUUGGUGUGCGUGAAUAAGACGAGAGGCGAAGAAAAGCAGAAGUUUUCCUCGUUGCGUGAGUGUGUACGCACACGUCGCUUCGACGAGAAGGUUCGUCCGGUUCUACCGUUGCUCGAGCUCUCGAUCGGUUUGUACGCGCCGUCGUAGACGGGCGAGUGCUCGUGGCAAGCCUCGAUAACCGUAUCCGCACAAAAUGAGAGAUCGCGUCGUGCGCGAAUGAUUCGGUGUUUAUACAAGGAGAUACGGCCUUAAAAAGGGUCGUUGAAGAAGAUAAGUUGAGAAAAAAAAAAACAUAAUCAUAACAGACGAGAAGAGCGCGUCGCGGGCGUCAAGAUGUUAAAAAGUCGGUUGAUUGUUGAGAGAAUAUUCAGUGAAAAUUGCGACGUCUUGGCGUCGAUUCGGGCGAGUGUUCUUCAAGUUAAAUCGUCGAGAAGAAACUCUCGUGGCACGCAACAUUUUCAAUCCCCAAGGACAUUCUUCACCAGCUCAAGGGCAAUGGCGUCGUCGAAAGCUCGAGCCGAGCACGUGACUCGGGUCGACGACCUCGUCGUCCCUAAGGACGAGGUCACAAGGUUCAUCGCCGAGUGCAUGAGACGCGUCGGCGCUAAACAAGAGGACGCCAUUACCGUGGCUCAUCAUUUAAUGACUGCCGAUUACCGGGGUCAUUUCAGCCACGGUAUGAAUCGUAUGGAGAUGUACCUCCACGACAUAAAAACGAGGAUCACCGAUCCCGCCGCUGUUCCCGAAAUCGUCACCAAUUUUCAGGCGAUAGCUCUCGUGGACGGUAAGAACGCCCUGGGCCAGGUCGUUGGAAAAUACUGUAUGGAAAUAGCGAUUGAGAAAGCGAAGAGAUUCGGGAUAGGAAUGGUUUCGGCGCGAGGUUCCAAUCACUACGGAAUAUGCGGAUACUACGCGUUGAUGGCGAUGAGAGAGAAUCUCGUCGGUUUCAGUUGUACGAACACGAGUCCGUUGAUGGCACCGACGCGAAGUAGAGCAGCAGCGCUCGGUACGAAUCCGCUGUCGCUCGGAAUGCCAGCGGUGAAAGAGGAGGACGGUUUCGUGCUGGACAUGGCGACGACGGCGGUCGCCUUGGGGAAAAUCGAAUUGGCGAUAAGGAAGGAGCAGGACAUACCGGAGGGCUGGGCCAUGGGAAGCGAGGGGAAAGGAACGACGAACGCCGAAGAAGCUUUCAAAAAUGGUUUGCUCAUGCCGCUGGGCGGCGCGGAGGAGAAUUCCGGCUACAAGGGCUACGGCUUGGCGACGAUGGUCGAAAUUCUGUGCGGCAUUUUGAGCGGCAGUAAAUACGGACCGAACAUAAGGUCUUGGAAGUCCGGCAGCGCAAUCGCCGAUCUCGGGCACUGCUUCAUGGCCAUUGAUCCGGAAGCUUUCGCUCCCGGCUCGAAAGAGCGUCUCGGGCAUCUCGUUCAACAGCUCAGAGAUUUACCCCCGGCAGGAGAAGACGCCGUUCUGGUGGCGGGCGAUCCUGAGAGAGCGGCCAUGAAGAAAGUCGAUGAAAACGGCGGCAUCGCUUAUCACGUUAAUCAAAUCAACUCUUGCAUCGACGUCGCCAAUGAGCUUGGCGUUCAACCCAUUAAAUUGAUCCAUAAAAGUGCGUGAGCCACUCGUCUUUCCUUGGAAACGAGCACUCCGAAAUUCUCGACCGCUCGCACAUCGAUUCGAUCGCUUUCAUUUCGUACGCAACGAUCCCAUCGAUUUUCAACCGAAUACUCUGUUUUUUAUGUACCUCCGUGAAAACGUGACUCAGACCCUCCGAGUUUUUCGAUCGAAUUUAUCAACGCAUCGAAACCGAAACGCUCGUUUUUUUUUUGUCAAAUGUUUUUCGAAGCCGAGCUUCUGUAUCACGAGACUCAAUAAAUCCUCCUUUUGUGUUGAAUAAAAUGA